AUUCAUUAAACAUCAAAUCAUGGGCAAGGAAGUCUCAAUGAAAAAAUCUUCAAAGUUGACCAAGAAAGUUAGUGAAAAGGUUGCUGCUGUAAAAAGUGAUCCUAAACCUGUCAAAGCCUCUACUAAAGUUGCAAAGGUUUCAAAGGCUGCUGCCAAGGUCGAGAAAAAGGUUGAAUCCUCCGACUCUGACUCUUCUGAUGAGGAAGAGGUAAAGGCUGUCAAGAAGGACGACUCUUCCGACUCUGACUCUUCUGAUGAAGAAGAGGCUGCCGUCGAAAAGUCUGAAUCUUCUGACGAAGAAGUAGAGGAAGCCAAGGCUGAAGAUUCUAGCUCGUCCUCCGACGAAGAGGAGGAAACCUCUGCCGUGGCCGAAGCCAAGGUCGACGAUUCCGACUCUUCUUCUGAUGAAGAAGAGGAAGAAAAGGCUGCAGAGGAAUCUGCAGAAGGAUCUGAUUCAUCUUCUGAUUCUGAAGAAGAAACAGAGGCACCCAAGAGCAAGAAACGUUCUGCUGACGAAGCUGCCGAGGAGCCUACUAAAAAACCAAAAACAGAAGAGCCCGUCAACUCUACUGUGUUUGUUGGAAACCUCUCAUGGAAUGUCGAUGAGGAGAUGCUUGCAGCCACAUUUGCUGACUGCGGUACUGUAGAAUCUGCCCGUAUUAUUACUGAUAAGGAAACUGGCAGAGCAAAGGGAUUUGGAUAUGUCACAUUUGAAAGUGCUGAUGCACUCACAGCCGCUAUGGCUUUGACUGGUACAGAACUUGACGGUCGUGAGAUCCGUGUCGAUGUUUCUACUCCCAAGCCUCCCCGUGAUGGCAACCGUCAAGGUCGCAAAGAAGCUCCCCAGUCUGCUCCCACCACUACUCUUUUCCUUGGAAACUUGAGUUUCAAUGUCACAGAAGAUGAGAUCCGUGAGUCCUUUUCACAAUAUGGUCAGCUGGUUUCAGUUCGUUUCCCUACCGAUCGUGAUACUGGUGCAUUCAAGGGCUUUGGAUAUGUCGAAUACGGUGAUGUCGAGACUGCUCAAAAAGCUGUCGAGGGCUUGAAUGGUGUUGAGAUUGCCGGACGUAGCCUUCGUCUUGACUACGCUGGUGGUCGUGAUAAUGCUGGCGGCGGUGGUGGUGGUCGUGGAGGCCGUGGUGGUGCUCGUGGAGGCCGUGGCGGCGGUGGUUUCGGAGGUGGUCGUGGUGGUGGUAGUCGUGGAGGCCGUGGCGGCGGUGGUUUCGGUGGUGGCCGUGGAGGUGGUCGUGGUGGUAGUCGCGGUGGACGCGGUGGUUUUGCCAAACCUGCUGGCACUAGAACCGUCUUUGAAUGAGAUCAUGUAAUGGCAUAAGUUUUACAAGAGAAUUAAAGUUAAAACUGAUUCAAUUU